CGCCGCCGCAGCAGCACGUGUGACGCGUCUUGCCGGAGUGACCGGUGAUUUCUUAUUGUUUUUUUUUUUCAAUUUUUCUUUUAAUUUAUUUGUCUACCUGCUGUUUUGGGGCCUUCCAUUCUGUUGGAUUCGAACCAAUAUGAAAUUGCUGCUCGACCCGUCGUCGUCGCUCCUCUUCUCGCUGCUAUUGGCCCAGCUGCCCGUUUUCACCACUGCCUUCCCGGUGCCUCAGCGGCGACCCGGCGACAUGGACAGGCUGUCCAACCAGACCAAAAGUCUCAUGAAGCUCACGCAGGAACUGCUGAGGGAGCACGCCUUCGAAUCUGACGUGGAGCCCCACAGGUUCAGGUCCCUGCCAGAAAUGAGCAACAGAUCGGCCAAUGAUCUCAACAACCUUGAGCUGAAGCCCACACUCUCCCAGCUGCACGCCGACCUGAAGCUCUACGAGCACCACUUUGAGUGGCUCAACAGGGUGUCCAAGAAGCACCACCACCCGGCGCUGCCCAAGCUGGUGGAGGUGAUCAAGGAGAUGAAGUCGCUCAUCAAUCUCCUGCACCGUCAGAUGCAGAGGGUGGACGCACCGAAGCUGACCCCCGCCACGCCCUCCCUGCCGCCGCACCUCCCUUACCAGUUUGACGUGCUGCAGUCCAGCCAGGAGCUCCUGCACCACUUCAAGCUUUUCUGCGAUUGGGCAAUCCGAGCGUUCAUUAGCCUAAAGCCAAAGAUCACGGCGGCUCAAUGAGAAUUC